CUAGGAAAUUUACUAUGUUCUGUUGGAUAUUUGACAUGUUUUACCAGAAGUCUGACACAUAUAUUGUUUUCUUUUACAGAAACCAAAGCCAAAAAUCUCGGCAUCUCGCAGGCUGUUCUUGAAGACCAAACUGCUAAAGAAGGCCAUGACCAUGCUGGACCAAGAAAAGCAAGUCAGAAAAGACGAACGAGCGCGAACCCUCGCUGAGAGAUGCCCAGAACUCCAAAUGUCAGGCCUGUCUUUGCAGGAUCUACAGACUCUUUGCAAGGAGCUUCACCAGAAAAUCGAUGUGGUAGAUGAAGAGCGAUAUGACAUUGAUUCGAAAGUGAUGAAAAAUACCAGGGAGAUACAGGACCUGUCUCAGAAGAUCUUUGAGUUGAAGGGCAAGAUGAAGAGACCGGCUCUGAAGAGGGUGAGGGUGUCUGCUGACGCCAUGUUGGGAGCUCUGCUGGGCGCUAAGGUCAAAGAGUCUGUCGACUUCAAGGCUAACCUCAAGACUGUGAAGAAAGAGGAGGAGAAGAAAGAGGAAGUGACCGACUGGCGUAAGAACGUGGAUGCCAUGUCUGGUAUGGAGGGCAGAAAGAAGCUGUUUGAUGCUGGGCAGUAGAUUUCAUGGUGAAUUUCUUUUGUGGAGAUGUUUUGCUGCUCUGCAACAGGUGGAAACACUGAAUCAUGUGACUGCUGUUCACUUUAUAAAGACAGUGAAUGAAGUGAAGAUCAGGGUAAUUAAUACAUUUUGGCACAGUUCCAAGUGUCUGUAUUAAGUGGCAGGUGUUUAACUUUGCAUUAAUUUAUAUAAUACAUAUAGUUUUUUACAUAAUGUAUGAUGUAUUAUGAAAAACAUAUGUAUAUAUUACAGCACUGUAUUGCUGUUGUAGUUCCUGGCAUGCAUAUGAUUCAUAAACACAGCACCACUUCUGGCUGUCCAGGUCACUUGUAGUAUUGUUACUGGCUUGCUUUUUGACCUCUGCUAUAUGCAAUAAUAAUAGAUAACAACAUAAAACAACA